AUGAUUAAAUAACCAUUAAAAAGUAAAUCAAAAUCUUUUUACUGGAGAUUAAGUUCCAAAGUUGAAAGAGAAGCACACUUUGCCAAAGCCAAACCCAGUUUAGAUGCACUCGUUGAGCCUAAUGAAUUAUUCCUUUUGAUAUAUUUGGUAAAUAUUAGCUUUGUUAACUCAAUAAAAAAUCCUCGAGUUUAGUUAGUUUUUUCAAAGCAGAACAUAUUUCCUAUAUUCCAUAAUCACCAAUUUACGAGUUACUUGUAAUUGAUUUAAAAUUAUUAUGAUAAAAAAAAUACUUAUUGA